AUGUUUGUUCCAGUCAGAAAGUACGAUCCUGGAGAUGGCAUGUUCGUUCAAUGGGUGAUGUCGUGUGCAAUUUUGAUCGUUGGCUUCAUCGUCUUUUGCGUUAUGGGUUUCCCUGGCUUCUUUCCAUUGGCAAUGUUGGGUGGAAUGUUUUGGACUAUUGGUAAUGCCACAGCAGUUCCGAUUAUCACCAGGAUUGGAAUGGCCGUGGGAAUGCUUAUAUGGAACACAACAAAUUGCUUAACGGGAUGGGCUGGUGGAAGCGGAAUCAUGUUCUCAAGAGUUAAAAGCGAGACUGGUCCCACUGAAAAUGAGGACGUGACCUCAUACAAAGACGAA